AAGCGGGCUUGGGUCCUUCAACGUGAGAAUGUUUACGUGCACGAAAGUUCAUAUGUAAGGGUUAAGUUUGUAUAUCUUGUUAUAGGAGUUAACACAGUUAUUUCUCAAUGAGCCAUCUCAUCGCUGGCUUUAAACGUAUGGAAUGGGUAGACAGAUCGCGCUGAAGCUUCGUACGAAACUACAAGCGUUAUUUUUUAAACUGGGAUGUUUCUCACAGCGCCACUGUUGGGCAGUUCUGGCCGUCGGCUUUUUUAUUCUUAUAGGAUUUUCUGUUGGUCUCAUAAAAGCAAAAAUCGAGACAGAUGUGGAGAAAUUGUGGGUAGAAGGUGAGUGAUUUGACGAACUAUAUCUAUGUUGCCGCCUUACAGCAGUUUCAGGCACGGUCGGGCGUCGGAGUAGGUUGUUGUUCGCCGGGAGUCGAAAGAUGAGAUUUAUAAAACUUUGGUUUGAAUAGGUGUAGCUUUGGUUGCAAACCUUUGAGGAAGAAAAAAAAACCCUUUUCCUUUACAUUAAGAGAUCUAGUGGCUUGAUCGCUUCAAUAAAUGAGUACGCGAUGAUAUUGUUCGAUCUGACAGUACAUGUACAGAUGCACAUGUGCAUAACUUACCCUCAAGCUCAACCUGCCACUAGCAAAAUUUGGUUUGCCGGUUUUCAAGUUUAAGUGAUUUAACUGUUGAGUUAAGAAGUCUGAGUGAUGGAGGAAACGUUCUUGUUUAAUAUCUACUGAAAAGGCGAAAGAGUCGCUUUAGAUUCAAUCUGUAGCAGAUCAAAUACAUUUCCAUUUCUCCAAACCGGCGAAGGUCACGAUACUACUACACAGGCUGACUACUACACUACUACUGAGGUUCAAACAGACGGAUCGGUCAAUCUUUAAUAGGGAAAACUGAACUUUUUUAAAUAUUUAAACAUUUAUUUAUUCACACUUUUCUCAUUUAUUCACCAAACUAUUUUCACGGCAAGAUGAAAAGAAACGAUCCAUUUCAAAAGUAUUGAUGUAAAUAUCAGCCAGUGGAUGUUUUGUGCGCACCGGAAGUGAUAAUCAUGCAUACAAAUGAGACAUUCGGUGUGGCGUGAUCUGACAUCAGACUAUAUGUAGCAUACGGCAGCUGGUAUAAAACUCCGAUCGAGAAAAUAUUGUCUUUCAUUUCAGAAAUUCCUUUUUGUUUCUAUUUACGCGGAAAGUGGCGCCUACAGCAGAAGAGGAAUGGAUAAGCAAAUCCUGUGACGUAAUUGUUCCGAAUCAUGGAAUACAAUCACGUCACUUACGCUUCAUUUUUAGUUCAUAGAGCACGCGAUUGAUUCGUCUUGCAAAAAAGAUUGAUUACGUAACAUGGGUAGAAAAAUUGGCUCUAAUGCGAGAGUAUUUUUAGAAACAUCAAAAUUGUCGGUGUAAAGAAAGAGGAAGGAGCAUUUAAUUACAUUUGAGUUUGUAAACAUGUUGUUAACUCACGAUUAGAGACCCAAUAUUAUAGAUCAUUAUAUAGGUCGUAAGAAGUAAGUGUUUUCCAGUCCAAAGUAAUUUGGUUUCUAUCUCAAUCUGCCUUUACAAAGUUAUUGUUCUUAAAACUUGCAAAACACUCAAGUAAUAUAAGGGAGCGAAACGUUUGCAGCCUGCACGCAGAAUAGCCCAAGCGUCGGCGAUGAUGCAGAAGGCGCCAGGGGUUGGGGGGGUGGGGCGUUGGGGGCUUGUUGGCUGUGAGGCCGGAUUAUAGCCAUGCACAGUUUCGGUACAUUUUUGCUAAUUUCAAAAGCUAAUAAAUAUUAGAUAAAGGGAGCACGUCACGCGAAAUUUUUAAGUGAUGGGGCACAAACUAGUAAUGCACAAUUUUGACACUCCUGACUACAAAAAGGUUUGCAAGCCCGUUUCUGACGUUUCUCCAGAGGCCCGGUAACUUUUCAGGCCCGAAGGUAAAAUUUAAAUUUAGCACAGUUCCUAGCAGAGAAACCAGUCAACUGAUAGUUUCACUGUAUCGUUUCCAAAAUUAUUGAAGCUUUGAUCUUGAAUGCAAAAACGUCAAACAUAAAACAGCUUUCCGUACCCGAAAAGUAAUCGCGACUUUCUAGAAACGGGCCUUUCGAGAGGCGUAACGCGUUUCUCAGUUUCUUAUCGGCUUCUCUGCUCACGGCAGACUAAACUGUUCUCACAGAAAGGCCGCGGACCACUCCCAGUUUUGCUUGCAUCAUAGUCCCAAUUCUCCAAACAACGAGACAACAACAACAGAACCAUUCCCAGCGUUUCAGGGUAAUAAAACCACGGACGAAAACAAAAUCACACGAAAAAGUAGAACUAGAACCUAGCUACGUAAUUGGUUUUGGAGUGUUAAGAGCGUUACUCGUGCCUGUUUUGUUUUCUUUUGUUUUCUUUCGUUUAGUUGACGGACGACUAGAAAAGGAAUUGCAGUACACGAAAGAUGCAGUCGGUGAAGGAAGUGGUACCACCAACGAACUCUUAAUUCAUAAAUCUAAUUCUGGACUUGGGAACAUCUUGUCUGUAGGAUUAUUACAGCAACACUUGGAAAAAGUACAGAAAGCUAUUGACGUCAAGGUUACAAUGUAUAACAAGUAAGAUAACCAGCCGAACAUGACGUGUUUUGAUAACCUUAUUUGUACCUAGAGAAUGCCAUAAUUAAUUAUAAUUACGUCAUUUAUUCCUGUGAAAAUAAUAGCGAUGAGAUGUACUAUAAAUAUCUGAUUUGGUUAAAACGUGGCCACUGGGUUUUCGCCUGGCACCGGGCGCAGCCCGGCACCAGGCCAGCCCCGUGCCCAAAAAUGUAGAGGGCUUGACGUCUUGGUCGGUACAGCUGGAUAGCCCAGGGACUGCCCUAACAGUGGGUGGGUGAAUCAGGCCUUGGAUUCAAAACUAGUGGGGUAGGGAGGGUGGCUGUUUUGACACAACCCCUUCAGUAAGCAGCAGUGUUCAGUGCAGGCUUUGACUUGGGAGUACCUUGGUCUUAAUUUGCCCUCGCCAGCUGAAUCAGGCCUCUGCUGAGAUUGAUUAUCAUGAUAAUUGGAGAGCUCAGUGGGAGGUGCAGACAGUCGCCCAUUGUCCUGGGUGGGGAGGGUCAAAGUUUUGGUACCAAGGACGCACUUAGCCUAGGACCUUUAGACACUCACUGAAGCCAUGUUUUCAUAAAUCCAGUCACAUAUAUAUGUAAAUUAUAUUUAUUACUAUUCAUUCAGAAUAUUUCUUAGUUUUUAAUUGGCGUAUUCUUCAUAACCAGAUAACGCUGACCAAAUUUGGGACAUAUUUUCUUUAAAAACUACUGUUGAGGGACGAUUGGUCAUGUUAUCGACUAUAAAGGGACGCACAGACGUCAGGCAAAGGAGCGGUGCGGUGGCUCCUCUGUUCUCGCAUUGCAGAGCUGGAGAAACUGGAAGUUUUCACACGUUUCGCGAAUACGAAGUAGCUGAAUUACCGCCUGCAAAACAUAGUUAGCAAGAUCGACAAAAAUAUAACUCGACGAAUGAUAACUGCCUCAGGAGGGCAAGCUCUACAGGACUAAAAAGGAGCUUUCCCUCUUUCUUCCCCCACCCCUGUACCCCCGGGAGCCCUGGGAGAGCUUGCAGAAAGGUAAUUGGCUCUUGAAAUCCCUAUAUAUUCUGUAACUGUCGAGAAAACAGGCAAAUUUUUCAGCGCAUAUUUAACAUCCAUCGUCAUCUGCUUAAUUAGCAAUUAAUGGAUGAGGCUGAGUAAAAUCUGAAGAAUUAGGCAAAUUGAGGAGAGUGUUGUCGGCCGAGGCGGAUGACAUCCCUGGAAGGCUGAAUCCACUAAUUGUCUUAUUAUUCGCGCAGGAUAUAAAUUACUAUUCAUACAUUGAAACAUGCCUACCUCGAUCGAUGUUCAGUUGAACCGGUCUUCAUUUAUCUGUUGCAAAUUCAGGAUUUGAAGGGAUGUUAAAUACACCAGUUAUUGUCCAAAGAGCAGUUGUCAUCUGUUGAGUUGUAGUUUUGCUGUUCUUACUGUAUUUUAAUGCGGAAUGAAAGGUCGGCUAUUUCUUCUACGUAAAACGUGUGAAAUUACUCGCUAUUUUCUCCAGCUUUACCUAAACAACUGAGCUGACGCAACCUCGUCCCCAGAGCUUCUCGGAUGCCGUCCCUUUCUUCUGGCGAUGCGCGGUACUAUUGACGUCAUUUUACCGGAUAUUCCCAAAUGUCUACAAAAUCCGGUCAAUACUAGUUGGUUAUGAAGAAUUAGCCGGAGGAUUUGAGCCGAUCAGAAACGGAGAAUUAUUUUGAAUGAAAUAGAGGAUAUUACAUGGCCGCGCGGCGAUACGAAAUUUCUCUUCGAGUGUUGAAAAAUAUUUUUUCAACACGAGAAGAGAAAUUUCGUAUCUAGCGGCCAUGUAAUGUUCUAUUUAUUAUAUAAACACCAAUGAACUGUGAAAGGCGCGAUCUCUUGUGUAGCCAUAGCAACGGCGAUAUUUUCACACGUGAAGAUAACAUGUUAUUUUCACAUGUGAAGAUAUCAAGUUUUCGCGCGAAAGCUCACCUGGUAUUUCAUUGGUAUUUAUAUACUAAUAACAAUUCUUUCUGUGGUACUCAACUUCAAUCAAUAAUUAUUAAUCACCACUCUUUCUAUUCCAGAACCUGGACUCAUACAGACUUGUGUUACGUCCCGGAAGUUCCGUCUUUCAAUAAUUCGUUAGUAGAUGGGGUAAGUGGAAUUAAGGAAAUGUAACGACCACUUGACAAAGAGAGGUUCUGUCCCGAGGAUCAACCCCUUACCCUUUUAUAUACCAUUCCUUCUAUUGACAAAUGGUACCCCUUUCACAUGGCUAGUUUAACUUCUUGGUAGUGACAUGUCUAGCCUCCCACGCAGGCGUUUUUAGGGGAGCUCGUCUUUCGUCUCUCCCCAUAAAACGAGCUCCCCUAAAAACGCCCGCGUGGUAGGCUAUGACAUGUCAUGAGUACGGAAUUUCUGUGCUCGUUGCUCAAAGGCCAAUUCGAGGGAAACCGGUGGAAGCGUCGCGAAAUGUCGGCUGUGUGAUGUGAUCGUGCGUAUGCGUAAGGUACUGGCCAUACCGCAGAGUUGAUACGUGUGCUUCAGUGCAUCAUUUGGUCUUGUUUUCUCAGGCUAAGCGGAGUAUGACUGUAACGAUUUUCUUUCAAUAAUCUCCAAGGCUAAUUAGUUUAUAAAACGCUGCCGCUUCGUUUGUUUGGAAAUUCCGCGUUAAUACAUAAGUUUGUGCGCCUGUGCAAACCCAAGCGAAUUCGUGACGACGUACGCCAUUAAGCCUCUGCUUCAAAGCGAGGCUAAGAGCAAACCAUUGAUUAUCAUUUAAACGUUUUGCACUUGGCCUCGGUUUAAAAGUAAGGGUUUUUGGAUUCGGAAACGGCCUCAGUAUAUGAUAAAGUUACAGUAGAACCCCGGUGACUCGAAAUCUGAAGGGAAAUUAACGAAAAACAGUUCGAGUUGGCGGGGAAUUCGAGUUAUCGAGGUUCUACUGUCUACGUAACAGGUGGGCGACAGACGUUUAUCAACUCCCCUGAUAAAUUAAUCAAACUUCUCUUUUUUUUCUGUAGGUUGUUUCAUCCAUCGUACCAUGUUUAAUAAUUUCUCCACUCGAUUGUUUCUGGGAUGGAGCCAAACUACUGAAGCUUAGAGGGUCUUUACCGGAUGAAAUUAAGUACGAAACCUGUCAGGAUUUGUCUUGGUUUUUAACGUUUUAUACAUUUUUUUAUUGUCACGAUGUACUUUCAUCUGUAAGCCUUUGCUCAAGGUAGCUCAAGGUGGGCAAUGCGAUAAACCCUUUGGACGACGUUUGACGUUUUAAAAAGCAAUUGUGUGGACUUUUAAGUAUCUUCGAUUUUUUCUCUUUUUAGGUGUUUUUUAAGGGUUAAUCUUGCAUCCUCUGUUACAUUUCACAAAUCGUCCCACAAAAGAAUUUAAAUUCGAUCAACUCUUUCUGAGACGGACACCUUGGGGACCUGUAUUAUGUGUCCGUCUUAGAGAGAUGUCAGUCUUAUAAAGAGUCAAAUAAAGGGAGUAAAGAAAGGCAGGGACCAACUUUGAGUGUCCGUUUUACAGAGGUGUCCGUCUUAUAGAGGUGUCUGUUAAAAGAGAGUAGACUGUAUACACUUUCCACAUUGGAAAACUGAAAAGUAAAUUUAAUGAUUACCAAUCGUUUGUGAGUCUUCCUAUUCUUUUCGUGGCUUGUCAAGCCUGCUGUUUGCAGUGGAGGAUUCAGGGGAGGGUCCCGGGGGUCCUGGGCCCCCCCUUAUUUUUAGAUCAAUGAGGCCCGAAGGGCCGAAAAACAUGUUUUUUUGAGGCUACCCCUCCCCUUAUCUCAGGGUCUGGAUGACCCCCCCCCCCCCCCCCUCUUAUCUGAAGGUCUUGAUCCGCCACUGGUUUGUUAGCCUUCAAAAUCUCAUAUGUUAUCUGAAUACACAUUGCCUCUUACAAUCACUCACUCAUAGCCUGCGAAUUCAGCCAUCUCUCCUGUCCUCGCUGCUCCUCAUCGCAAGGGUCCGCGAGGGGCGAAGGGAGACAGCUGUAUUCGCUGGCCAACUCUCUCAAAAUGUUUGAUGAAACAUUUUAGGAGUGUCGCUGGUCUGUUAGAAUGGACUGCAAGCCAUCCCGAACAGCUUCUUGGUCUUUUGCCGUUAUUGGGGGACAUUCAAGGCAUAGAGGAAAUUGCUGAGAUGUUCCUGAAGGUUGGUGAUCCAUACAACAAAAGUGAUGCAAAAUGGGUGGUGACAUAAAAAAUUCCGUCCCUGAAAAACGAGAGUUGUAGUAGUAUUUUUACUAUAUUUAGUCACUGUUCAUGUCAUUAUCCUAGGAAGUACCCAGCGGAAAAACAAAAUCUUAAGGUUUUGUGGUUUGUUACCAACUGGUCCCAAUAUCUUACCUAAUCGCCUUGUAAGGUGAUCACUCAGUUCGUGGAUUCAAAAGGAGAUGGUGGUCACAUAAGUGUAGUUCGCGUACCGAGGGAUUCGUAAACAUUGUAAUUUAUUUACCCACGAAGCACUUAGGGGCUCUUAAGAACUCGUUUGAAUGUCUCCGUGCGUUCCAGAUCGAGAGAGCGUACGCGGUAUUAAGUGUCUGUUUUAUUCGCGGAGUGGUUUCUGCUUCGAUUGAUAAUUGAAGAAGAGAAGAGACCAACUUUGGGUGUCUGUCUUGGAAAGAUGUCCACCUUUUAGACAGUCAAUGACGAAGGGAAGGGACCAACUCUGGAUGUCUGUCUAAACCGGUUUCCACUUUGUAGACAGCCUUUAUUGAGGUCUUCGUUGAUAGCUAGCUAACAGGGUUUUCAAGAAGAUGUUAUGAAGGUGGCAAAAGCUUUGGAGUAGGUGGAGAAGGAAAAAACGUGCGGCAAAGGCACGGGUUUCUGGAAAAAGCUUGAAAUCUGGGCAUCUUAGAAUGCAUUUCCAGCAUUCUAGAACAAAAAUUAGAGUGUUUGAACGGAACACAGACAUCAUUUAAGGGACAUGUUCGCGUUUCAGCGCAUGCUCAUUCAUCAAAAUGCUGUUUUUCUGUCGGGACAAGCUCUAUCUUCUUUUCAAGGAAUAUGAUCAUGUCAUAAUGUCGUCAAAGAACCAAUAUGCACACUCCCCUGGCAGUCACUUGAUCAAAUUAUGUCAAAAUAGCUGUAAAUUAAUGAACCAUGGAAUAAAACCUUUCGGUCAACAGUACAUUCAACGUUGGUAGUGUUGGCAUAAUCCACUGAUGUUUUUUGCGAUUUUAGUACUCCUCCAUCCUACUUCAGGUCACUCUGAAAUACACUUCUACUUUGAAAUACACUCUGAGAUCGCUGGGAUACAUGUGAGUGGGAUUAUUAACCGAAAGAAUUAAUAAUUAAUUGGAAAAAUGUAAUUUGAUUAAUGAGCAUGCGCUUAUCCGUGAACCUGUCCCUUUAAAUUUUGGCUUUUUUAUUCAGUGACAGCACAUGAAUACUCUUUUCAAAUCAGAGUAAUUUCCAAAAGAAGUAGGCGGUGAAUUUCGCCGGCCACUGGUUCUUAUUGAAAACCCUGCAGGUCUGCUUACUUGAAUUCCUUUGCGUUUUUAACAGGCUGGUAUAGUGAACGGAUAUCAAGACAGGCCGUGUCUGGACCCCACGGAGACAGGCUGCCCAAGCACCGCUCCUAACUCCCCGACAAAAUCAGGAAAGGUAAAAAAUUAAACGCCCGCCUAGACUAGAGUGCUUCGGCAAAUUCUGGUUUCUGUACUCAAUCCGAAAUUUGCCACUUUAGAAACGAGAAGUAACCUGGGCCGAGUCAACUUUCGCAAAGACUUCUGGGAUUGUUACUAGGGACCGAGAAAAUAAUGAACAAUAGCUGACCUGCGCAUGCCCAGUAAAGAUCCCAGGAAAAAUUGCGGGGCACAUUUCGGCUCCAGUCUCCUUCUCAGCCGUUUCUUAAGUGGCGUAUACCAUAAACGCUCUGUAACAUCACUGGGUACUUCUUAAUUCUAAACUUUUUAGGGGUGUAGAAGGAUUUUUUAAGAGUAAUAAACGGCGACAAAAACUCGUUCCUGGGGUUUUUUUUGAACAUUUGUAAAGGAAAAUCCCUGGGAACGAGAUUGACGGUGGCGCGACUUUUUCGUUCGAGCUUUCGUUUUACUGAAGAACAACACAGUCUGUAGUGUACUCGCCGUUAGGUUGCAGUUAAUGUUUAACAACUAUAACAAAUUCAGAAUCAUACAAAUGUGUUUCAUAAGCACAAUCAGAUUUGCAAGUUCCAUAUGACUUCUUGUUUGGGAAAAUUUCUUGCGUUUAGGUGAGGGUGGGUUAGGGCCGGGGGGCUGUUCGUGAUGUACACCUUAAAGAGCAUACAUCUUCGUCGACUUGAAGAAGGGGAAGCGUUGAAAAAAGAGAGAUAGGGAGCUUUAAAGAGUGUUUGUAGUUACACUUAGGAAGAGCAAAACUCGCCCUUAACUAAAUAUACCAUAACGCUGUUCAACAAAUGCGCAUGUUUAACCUUACGUGGAGUUUAUCGUUUUUGUUUGUUAACGCACAUGGCCAAGGAAAUGACCUUUUAUUUAUUUUUGUAGCCACCGAAUGUUGCCAAAGAAUUGACUGGAGGAUGUAAAGGAUUUGCUACAGAAUUUAUGCAAUGGGCUGAAGAACUGGUGGUUGGUGGAACAGAAAAAGACAAUAACACUUUGACUAGGUUUGUUGUUGGUCGUCCUUCUUGUUCCGAGAGCUACAAUCAUGGACAAAAGUCUUGGGACACUUUUGCAUUUCUGGGGAGUUUUCCAAUUCACACAGUUCCAGCCCCUCCCCUCACUCCACAAACAAUGUUGGACGCGUGUAUCCAGAAUUUUUUUCGAGUUUUAAGUUUGUAUAGGGUAGGGUGAGGGAGAACAGCAAGAAAUUUUCCAAAAGGCUGCACCGUUUUAAGAGGGAACCGAGAAAUUACAGAAAAAUAUGAAUAUUGCAGUACUGUCCCAAGGACUUUUGUCCAGGAUUGUAGGUCUCGGUUUUCUCCCUCUCACUGGAGUCCAAAAGGGUGGGGGAUCGAGAGGGAGGGAAAAAGGGAGGGGCACUUCCCCUCCCCCCCUCCCCGCUUGCCCAUGCCCUUUUCUGCGGCUGCUACGCAGGCUUCCUCUCCUCAAAAUUCCAAUCCUAGAGCUCCUAGAUGUUUCUCAGGUUAAAAGAUUACGUUAGUUUAGAAUUUUUACAGACAAUAUUUGUUCACACGCGACAGAAAAAAAACAUUUUGACAUUUUGACAUUUUGACAACAGAUGAAUGCAACAGUCCCAUCGUUUUUCUCGAAUAUGUUGUAAGUUGAUGAUUUCGCUGUGUGUAUGAGAGAGUAAUCCCAUCGAAAAGCGUUUCCAAGUACGAGUACAAUGCAGUUAUUGCUGAGUAUGCCUGAAACGAGCUUUCUUUUUUAUUUCAGCGCGAAAGCGUUGCAGACAAUUCUAGUAUUAACAGGGACGAAAGAUCUGCACAAGCGAUGGGCUGACAGUUCUGAAUAUUUAACUGUUGACUGGACUAAGGAUUCUGCAAAAGAAGUUCUGGAAGCGUGGCAAAGAAAGUUUACAGAGGUAUAUAUAUUUUUUAAUUGUCAGUAGCAACUCAUGGGGAUUACAGUCACCGCCAUCCAAGGACGUUCACCACGUAAAUUGGCACCGAGGGUCUAAUCCCCGUAAUUUGUUUGGCUCCGCGAGCGGGCAAGAUGAAGGAAAUGCUGUGUUUCGAUUGGCUGCCCGAGUAGGCACAAUGACCCGAUCAUUGGUUGCUAGCUCGAGACAUUGGGAGAAGCUAGAGAGGCCUGGGAACGAGGCUGGAAUUUUUCGUCUUCGGAGAUCCUUUACCGAACAAGUCUGUUCGGUCAAGGUUGCGUUUUAAAGAACCGAGACAAAAAUGAGCUUCAAAAAGAGGCAAAAAAAAUUGGCCAAUAUCCUGGCAUGUUGUCGCCACGUGCUUGCUUAAUAACCCAUUCGUCUUAGAAAUGUCCCCCCACAAAAGAGUCAAAGAAAAUGCCUGAAAAAAAGAGCUGAAACAAGCUCUAUAAAACGUUCUUUUUAGGGAGAGACUUGUCUUUCGUAGGAGAGACUUAAUGAGUAAUCUUACGAGUGACUUUCGACGAGUGAAAGUCCUAAUUCGCCAUUCGACGUUUUCUUUCAUUGUAGGAAAUCAAUAACGAUGUUCAAGAAACAGAAGAGUUUAGCAUGUUGGCUUUUGAUUCAGCGUCCGUCACGGACCUGUUGAAAGAAUUCUCUCAAACGAGCGCCUCAAGAAUUGCCAUUGGAUACGUGCUCAUGGUAAAUAUCUUCAAACUGUUGUUAGUUUGAUUAAUCUUUUUUUUCUGUUUUUUGCUUAAUUUGCUUAGCUCGGGGUUGGUACAGAGCAGUUCUUCAUAUCGAUCUACGAUCAUCUUUUCUUUCAAAUUCGCACGGAUAACUAAUGUGUACUGAUGAAGGUUGCUGCGAUCUUUUUUAUGGCAACGUGUCACUGAGUCCCCACAAUUUCCUGUAUCUGCGCCAUCUAGCCAAGAUAACAGAAGAAAAAAUCAGCAACAAAGAAUUCUUUAAAAGAAAGUGGAUACUGACGCCUUAUUUAAGUUAACUGUAUUAACUCCGUAUUAUUUCAUUGCCCUGUUGUACUUUUUACAAUUUCUUUUAGCCCGGUAACACCUCCUGUAAUAAUUUGACAAUUUUUUUUUUGCUUUACUCUGUUAAUGUCUCUUGUUAAAGUGGUUUUUUUUUUGUUUUUUAAAUGUAAUUAUUUAAUGUGAUUAUCAAUAAACAUAUUAAAAAAAAAAAAAAAAGAGAAGAUAUCUAUUGAACACCUUAUAUCAACUCGACAAUAUUUCGACAUACGCGAUCAUGAACACGGUCACAGAGCGAGGCCCUCUAUUCACUGAUCACAGUAAUUUUGUUUGCAAUUCACGACUCACGAGCUUACUUUGCUUCACAACACACUCGUGGUUAUAAAAUUCAGUAUACUAAGAUACUAGGUAGGAUCUAGAGGAGCUCUGCCCCUCAAACUAAACUACGGCAUUCCCGACAAGCAGCGCUGGAUCGAGUUGGAAACAAGGUCCGCGACAGCCAAUCCCAAAUGUGAGAUCGUGUGAGCGCAUAUACUUGGGGAAACUUGUCGGGCGUGUGAGACUAUUUAAAAACGGGCUAACUCAAAUCGUCUGUAUUUUUCGUUAGCUCAUAUACGCAUGUAUCACUCUGAAACGUUGGUGUGACCCAAUCCAUUCCCAUGGUGCCCUGGGACUCGCAGGAGUUCUCCUCGUCACGCUGUCGGUCGCUGCUGGGUUAGGAUUCUGUGCGUUAUGUGGUAUAACCUUUAAUGCUGCUUCAACGCAGGUAACCGUGAUUUGGACUAGUUAGUAAAUUGGAUUAUUACGCAGCACUGUUCUUGCAGUGGACAAACGAUGCAGUUUAUCUCUGAGACACGUUGUUAUCUUUUUUCCUUUUAGGUGUUACCAUUUUUAGCUCUGGGACUGGGCGUGGACGAUAUGUUUUUGCUUGCCCAUUCUUAUUCCACUUUAACACACAGGGGAGAAAUUCGUAGUAAGGUGAGUAUUCAUAUUAAGAAUUGAAACUAAGUUCGAAGCUAAUAAAUGGCUUGAUUAAGCCAAAUUUGUUCUUUUUCCCUUUCUUAAGAAGCUCCUAAAUGCCACUAUGCCACUAUGUCUACACACGAAGUUAUGUUCCGUACCGGAUCCAAACCUCCAGAUGAGGGAAGGGGGUGGGGGUGCAGCGAUCAUCCAGUCCAUGAGAUAAGAGGGGGGCCCCGGGCCCCUCCCCUGAAUCCGCCACUGAUGUUCAAUCGCCGCGCAGAGGUGUACCUAGGAUAGGGGCAACAACUUCUUUCACGGAGAAAAAAAUGCGGAGUACUGACCCGACCCCUGCCGGGGCAGAUCGAACCCACGACCUGUGCAUGGCAAUGCAGUCCAGCGCUCUCCUGACUAAGCUAAUACUGCCGCGUUUAUAUUAAUUUUACAGGACGAAGUAGGCUACUGUCUGGGGACCAUCGGAGUUAGCGUGUUUCUCACAUCGUUCAACAACAUGUUGGCAUUCUUUAUGGCAGCGUUUAUUCGCAUACCAGCCCUUAGACAUUUUGCAAUACAGGUAAAUCAAUUUAAAAUGCUACGAUCAUCUAAAAAACAGCAAAAACAAACACGAUUUUGCAUAUGUAUUCGCGGGCGAGAAGCGCGGGCUCAUUUCAAGAAAAGCGGCUGGCCCAACUCUAUAGAGAGGAGAAGUGUGACGUCACGUUACGAUGGUAGCACUAUUUCUGGAUGACUGCAAAACCAACGGCGACGGCGACGGCAAGGAGAACGGCAAAAAUAAUAUGUUUACAUUAACAAACAACAACUUUGCAGGUGCAUUACGCUAUUUUGUACAUUUCUUUGCCAUCGGUGCACAACGACGACAUGAAACUUCCGCUUUACUGUGAGCAUUAUGGUCGAGGACAUAGAAUUAUGUAUACUUGCUCCUCAGUUGUGCAACGCUUAAACUUUUAGAAACAUUUUUGUUGGGUUAAAAGCCAAAAAAUUAGUAAUUUGAUGAUUCUUAACUGCUCCUUAUAACAAUAUUCUGAUCUUCAUUGAUAGGCCGGUGUUGUUGUUAUAUUCAAUUUUAUUGGAGUCAUCAUCAUUUUUCCCGCUAUGAUCAGUCUGGACAUAAGAAGAAGAAAAGCUCAAAGAUGGGACAUUAUCUGCUGCCAAAAACAGUAAGUUUAUGUUAUCGAACUUCUCUUGCGUUCCUUUUGUCCGCGUCUCGCCACUGCAGUUAAGUCGAUUUGCUAAAUAAUGGCCUGUUUACAUGGAGGUGGGGGACCCCAGGUAACCCCACCUAUCAUGUAAACGUGAUCAAAUUCAAAUGAGAGAUUAUAUGGACAGGCGGGUUACCCACCAAAGCGGGUUACCUCACCUACCUGGGGUCCCCCAGCUCCAUGUAAACAGGCCCUAAUACGUUUCGGUGGUACACUGCAAUAGGUAACAAAACUGGUAAGACACUUUGAAUUGGUUUUGUUACGGCUGUAGAGUUUUUCGUUAAUUUUGCGAAUCACUCUCCCUUAUGCAUUAGGGAAUUUAACGUUAACGAAGACAAAAUCACAGCUUUUUGUCUAACAAAUACUUUUGCCAAGCAUUAUAACAAUCGUUACGAACAACAAAAACGAACUUUGAAAAUUUCUUAUUAAGAUAACAAGUCUUCAUUAAUCUAUAAUUUCAAUCCGUUUCAAUCAAGUUCAAGUGCCCUCUUUUGAAUUUACAGCGUUAUUUAUACCAUCGUUUAACCUUUUUAAUGGUUAUUUCUAUGUUUCACUUAAUUUGGUGUCAGUUCUUACUGGUAGAACUUCGAUAAAAUUCGUGAUACCGCUCCUUUAAGGAGCUCAUCAGCGCCCAGAGAUCUCGGGCUUUGCCCACUGAGGUCAGCCUGGAUGAUUUGAUGUAUUUGUGUUGGCAGUGAUUUCGAUUUUGGUUUUGUUUUUACAACCACUUGUAUUAAAGCAAGAAACAUUUCUUGCUUUCAGGCCGCAACAGGAAAAGGGUAGCGUGGAAGUAAUAACGGGAGACGUAGCAACGACUAACGGAGUACACAGUGUGAAUAGUAGAACAGAACUCUCGGCUAAUCCUGUCACCCCGCAACCUACCCAAACAAUGGUGAUGACUGUGCCUGCGAAUAACAAAUCUGAUUCGUCUAUCGCCGACGUUUUAGUCAAUGAGUACGCGAGUAAUGGAGAUAAACAGUCAAAGAACUCUUAUGGCAGUGAAGCGAGUGUGACAGGUAAAAAAGUUGAUGUUUUUUUGUUUGGAAAUAUCCAAAUGUUAACAAUUGUCUUUUCGGAACAUCUCCGAGGAUUUAUGGGUUUGUUGAGAGUAUCCCCAAACAUUUACAAAUCCAGCCUCGUAUUUCGGGUGUUGUUUGAUGUUGCGGAAACUAUGAGAAGCUAUAGAGUGUUUUCACAUGACGUCACGGCGGCCAUAUUGGUGUCCCAAAACAAUGAAACGGCGGCCAUGAUGGUGCCCCAAACCAAUCCUCUGGGAAUUGAACUCUUUUCUUAUGCAAACGCUUUCUUUUGUUUCAAUAAAUUUGCGUAGAUGCAGGCCACGUGAGUGAAAACACUCUAUUGUUUUGUAUCCAGAUCUCACUUUGUCUUACGCUGAAAAGCGAGAUCUCUCUUUCCCUUGGCCGUCGGAGAUCUGGGUACGAGAUUAGGUAUUUUUUAGUGUUUUUUCAAUCUUUUGUAUUACGUCAUUUGGUGACUGCACCCAUCUGAGAUUAAAGGACACCCCAAUUUUUUUCAAGCGUUCUAUAACGCUCUAAACCGCAUAAAUCACAACCAGCGGAGAAUUAUUGGGGAAAUUAAUUGCUUUAUCCACUAGAAAGAGAUUUAUCCAGUGGGUAGUGUUAUCCACCCUUUUGAACAUCAGGGGCCCGUUUCUCGAAAGUCCCGAUAAUUAACGGGCCCGGUAAGCUGUCUCCGUUUACAUUAAAGAUCGAGGUUUCAAUAGUUUUGCAUCUAACACGAUAAAACGGUCAGUUAAUGAAACUAAAUGGAGUAGUUUGCUAGCCAGGACCCGCGCUCUUAUUCUUUAUAUUUCGAUUUGAAUUUUUGAUUUCGGGCCCGUAAAGUUACCGGGACUUUCGAGAAACGGGCCCGUGGGCCCUGAAAGAUUGCGGCGCUUUUUGUACUUGAUUAGGUGCCUUUAUUUAUUUCCGUUAUUCCCCCUCGGCAGUGAUUAUCGCACUAAUGCCAGUGGGGCCGAGCAAAUGCCUGAAACAAAUAUUUUAAAUCAAAUAUAAUGGGGUUAAGAAUACCAACUGGCCGGGGGCGAACCAGUUGGCUUUUGACAAGCGUGGUCGAGGAUUUGAACUCGGAAUACCUAGAACAAAUCAGCUGGCGGUAAGCGUCGGCCUCGGGGCAUCCGAAUUGCAAGCCCAGCUCUAUAACCGCUCGGCCACGCUGCCUUUAACGAACGCGAAGAAUUGAUUUGUACCGAUCGAGCGGCGAGCGUGAUUCGUACAAGGAUGGGGAAAGGAAAAGGACGCCCUUAACUGAGUUACACUUUACUCUCGAUUCUCGCUCCUCGUGCGCGUGCUUCGCCAAACUGUCGGUUUUUAGGCAAGAAUUUUUAAUAUUUAAACUGAAAUCACUCGCAACACAGGAAAUCACGUGAAUUCUACAGCAAUGGAGAUGCCCCAUCCGGUAACAACAAGAAACAACGGUAACAGCGGAAAACGUAGUGCUGCACCUUGUGGUCGCUUCUUACUUCUGGAGUACUUUGCCACUACUUAUUACGGACCAUUCCUGCGGGAGAAUCCGGUCAAGGUAAAAAAGUCUAUUAUUUUGUGCAGUAUACACUUGUUGGUAACAUUCAGCCUAGUCCCUAACCGUUCUCUGCUCGGUCAAUCCUGGACUCUACAUCGUGGGCUGGACGUCACCGAGAGAGAUUCGCCCGCUUUUUCCCAGACUUCGCACGGACAACGGGUCAAGAGAGAAUACCUGGGGACUAGGAUGGGACGGCUAGGAUCGUUUUUGCAGACCCCUGAUUGCCUCUGUUUUCGGCCUCGGCAAACCUUUGAAGGCUCGAUUACCAGCCGCUGUUCGAUAGCUUUCCCUUUUGAGUCCUUGAUUCGCUCCUUGUUUUUGAUCCGCCCAGAUUGCACUAGUGGCUUGACAAAGCUUUUGACAGUCAUAUAUUGUCGAAAAAGAGCAAGACUUUUGAAAACUGAUGUCGAAACCUUAACAAAUAUGUUAUCAUUCUGAUUGGUUUGAGUGUGUUUGCAUCUUGCUAACUUCACGUAGCAAAGUUUAUUCUCCCUGACCCUUAAAAGAAGUUAGAAAAUUUCAAAUGAAUCUCUUGUAAGGAUGCCUUUUGUUUUCACAAUUGUUUUCUGUUACUCCUUUCAAGGUCGCUGUGUUGCUUCUUUUUGCUGGUCUGCUCGCUGUUGGAAUUUACGGUUCGUUUCAAGUUGAAGACGGUUUAGAGCUCACUGAAGUAGUACCUCAAGGCAGUGUCGCCCAUCAAUUUGUAGAAGCCCAGUUUAAGUACUUCUCGUUUUAUCCAAUGUCGCUCAUUACUCAAGAAGGAUUUGAUUAUGCUAAUCGACAGAAGACUCUCUACUCUUAUCAUGAAGCUUUCAAAGAGGUUAGUUAUCACUUCAUUUUCAUUUAUCUUGUGAAGGCAGUUUUUUAACCAUACAAUGUAGAGCAUGCGAACAAUAGUAUUAUAGAUAUAGUGUAGAAUAACCAAGGACGGGCUGCCUCGUUUACGGGGUAGGGAUGAAUAACUAGGGGAAGAUCCACAUCUUAUAGGGGGGAGGGGCUGCGCACGGCCGCUCCUUCCCCUAGCUGUAGACAGGCUAUCUUAAUAGACAUCUUUGAUGUUUGAAAGUGACAACGAGGCAAAAUAAAGAUUAACAGGGGUUUGAUUUGGCCCUAUACUUCUAAAGCCGAGUCCUUGCCUUAAACUGAGGUUAUUCGCCUUUUCGUAUUAUCUGACAGACUGAGAAGUAUUCCGAAAACGAGGCAAACAUUUUAGGUAGUUGCUCUAUGACCCAAAACAGAUCGCCUUUGUCAAUAGUUAAAGUAACAUCUCGUAUUUGCUUUGAGUUCUGAGCUAAGUACUAAAUAGCGUCUUGUGCUUCUUUGUGUUAUAGAUUCCCAAUAUAAUCAGAAUUCCUGACUCAGAAGAAAUUCCCAAAUUUUGGAUGAUGUACUUUAGAGAUUGGCUGCGAGGUAAGGAGCUUUUUUGGACUUUAAAAAAUGCAACUGCUCUGCGUACCGGGCUGAUUUUCACUAUGGCCGAAAAUCUGCAAAUCGUCAAGAGCGCCAUACGCAACCUACUUCCAUCCACGAGCUUGCGAAACAGUUUCGGUCUUAAACAGUAAGUUCCAAUAAUACAUAGUAACAGUGAGAUCCUGGCGAGUACAUUUUGACAAUGAAGUUCAGUUAGCCUGCUAGCGAGCUCUCGGGGGAGGGAUUGGGGAGAAAAUGAGAGCUCUCUCCAUCCCAGUCAUUUAAUCUGGAAAGAUUCAGUCUCCUUGAACAACAUCACCUUAUGUUUCUUUCAGAUCUCUAAUAAAUGUGAUGUUAUUUCCUAGAUAUUCAAGCAGCGUUCAAUGAAGAAUGGGCUAAUAAGACCAUAACAUACUCUGGCUGGAAAGAAAAUGCUACAGACAACGGGGUCAUCGCGUUUAAACUGCUCUCUCAGACUGGAAACGGAGAUGAAAUCGAUAGAUCAAAGGUAAUCUGUUAAUAUGACAGCAAGAAAAGUGUUUUCUUCACAAGGACAAUAGUGUUUCCUUCUCGUCAGUGUCAACAUGAAAAUAAACAUGAUCAAAGAAACUCUGCAAACGCUGUUUUUGAAAAUGUUCAAUACAACCCGCUGGACUGGUAUAGUCUCUAGGUCUUUUAGCUGAGCUUUUAACCGUUUUUAUAUAAUGGGUUUUAUUUAAGCUCCGAGCGCCUGAGUUGACAGAAUUUUUCUCAGACUGAGUGAAAUUAACGGAACGCACAUGAUUUAGCUUGGCUUGCUUGAUUUCUUUUUUUUUCACCUUAACGCUAUUUCCACUUCAAAAAUAUCAAUGUGUUCAAUAGAGGAGGCAGUCUAGCCCAUUUUGCACAGGCGAACCCUGUACGCUUCCGAGCGCGUUUAGCAUCAUGUCGGCUUCUAUUACUUGCUUUAUUUUUAGAAACCAAUUUCUGACUAUCAAAAGGUGAUGAUAAAAGAGUUUUCAAAGUUGCGAAAAAGAAAAUCGUAUGCAUUAGUAAUAGGCAACUUAAGCACGCGACGUUUUUGAUUCACCGACGGCAUGGCUGACCGCGCAGAACUGGAUCCGGGACGCGGUUUGCGUGCCAAUUGCAAAUCAUUAAGCAAAACAACGUGAAACCGUAACGAACGCCGACGGAAUAAUUCAGUUAAAAAUGCCUUUCAAAGAUUUGCGUUAAGUUUUGUUUCUUUCUUACGAAGAACACAUGAUUUCAGAUGAGAACUCGCGUUUUGAAGUCCGUGACAGCAGCUCAAGAACGUCUUGACGUGUGCAGUGGCUGUCAUGCUGCAAAAACACUUCCGGUUGGCGUCCGUGGUACCAAGAACGUCUGGUGCUUAGGUUCCCGCUAACCAAGAUGAACGAAAGACAAUAUUCUCCCUACUAUCCAGGAUGAUUGUGUCAUUGCUGUCACUUGAGAGGGCCUAAAACUCGAAUUCCUGUCUUAUUAUUUCACAGGUUCGAAAUUAUACACUAGUCAGUGACGAUGGAGUUAUUCGGCCUGAAAUAUUUUACAAGGCUCUUACUCUCUGGGUGGACAGGGAUGUGUUGGGAUAUGCAUUUUCACAGGUUUGUUAAACGUAACUUUUUCAAGACACUUUUUCGGUAUGUACAAUUCACAUUGGUCACUCUGUAAAAUUUCUCGAUGGCAGUAGCUAAUUAACAAGCUCUGUAUUAUUGUUAUUGUUGUAGGCUAGCAUUAAACCAGAAACCGUUGACUGGUCUAACGUGAGGUCUCCUCAAGAUGAUGCCGCGAUGCAAGGUGAUUAAAAUUGGUGUAUUCAAGAGUUUGUAUAUCGCUCACCAGUGACGCGAAGGCCCCCGCCGGCUCAUAGCGACGAGAAGCUCUGGGAGACGAGAAUGUCUCCUCCAUCAGCCUCAACUGACUGUCGCUUCAACCUUAUCUAGUCCUCGCACGGCGUUUUCCCAGGCUUUCUGGGUCAAUUCACUUCGGUGACGUAUCCGAGGCGAACGGGCGGGAAACGCCUCACUUCUUCGCUUGGACUACGUGACCGGAAACGAAUUGGCCGUGCGGAAUGAUGAGGCCUAGGGACUAGGCAAGCCGCAACCUCUUUUCUUGCGUCUUUCCUUAGGAAAAGGAGAGAACAGCCACCUUAGGAACCAGGCUGCGAUUACUUCACCCCAACCCCACCCCCCACCAACUGUUCCACCAAUUCAUUGCUCUUCCCUAUGGAGGAGACCUUUUGUUUAAACUUUUCCCCUCUCCUUCUUUUAUUUCAGUUCCGACUGCGAAACCAAUCACAUUCGCUAAGAUCAACUUUAAUGUGAUUGGCCUCAAGGAAACCAAGGACUUUGUGGCACUGAUCAAGGUACUGUUUAUGUAAGGACUCAAAUAUAUUUCCAUUAAACGAAGAUAACUUCAUGAUAAGUUAGUGCAAACUCAUUAAAGGCACAUAAAAGACCUUAACCAAGAAAAGUGAAGUGCUUUCUAUCCCAGACUCUCUUAGUUCUCUCUCUAUUGGUUAUGGUGCCAUUCAUCCCUUAAAAAAUCUGCAGGGAUGCCAGAUAAACCUCAUAAGAUUCGUUUAAUCAACUUGGGUUGUCCAAUACUGUCUCGCUUCAAUUUGUAAUAGAACUGCGUUCUACUACGUCGAACGCUAAUUUCACCGAAAUUAAGAUCUCAACAGUAAAGUAACCUUGGAGCUGAGAUGCAACAAGGAAAUGUGCAUGGUGUUUGUCUUAACACUUUCCAAAAUAACUGCGUAAUGUUUUUUAAACUCCUGCAGAAUGUUCGAGAAAUUUGCGACAGAUUCUCAGCCGAUGGCCUUCCAAACUAUCCUAGUGGUGUUCCGUUCACAUUCUGGGAGCAGUACAUCUGGCUAAGGAGGCAAAUCUAUAUCGCCAUUUCCAUCGCUCUGGCUGUCAGCUUUGUAGUUAUGGCGGUCAUGCUGUUCAAUAUCUGGGCAGCGGCGCUUAUAACUCUCGUUCUGUUGAUGAUCACAGUAGAGAUGUAUGGCUUUAUGGGUUUGGCUGGGAUCAACCUUAGUGCUGUACCAGCGGUUACACUCAUUCUUUCGGUUGGUGUGGGUGUAGAAUUUACUGUUCACAUGUGCUUGGUAAGUCCUUUAAAAUUGUCAGAUUAAGGUUUGACUUUUUUCAAUGGAUUUUAACUUCAAAGGCUGCCCAAAGAUCCUUUAGUCUAAAAGAUAAAACCUUGCACAGCAUCUUGAAUAAAUAGCGCCACACUGCACAGGAAAGUAUUGCUUAGUACCAACAUCAAUUUAGAUUCAAUUUUUGCAACUUGUUGCGGCGACAAAAUUCUUUUGCAGAGGCAAAGAUUUUUAUACGAAGCGAUUUAUUUUGUCUCUGCGACGUGUCGCGCAACUUGUCGCCCGACCGUGAUUUUUCGCCUCGACGCGUUGCAGCGACAUGUCACCUUGUGCAGCCUUGUUCCCAGUCGUCUUUGGCGAUAUCAAAUGUGACGUCACCUGUCAAGCUUGUCGGGAGAAUUCGCGUAAUCGCUCUCGGUUCCAAGCCUCCUUCGCUCAGUCGGAUAAUGCGCACAGGCCCGGGGGAAAGGCUGCGUCUAGUGUCCUACAAUCUAAUGAUCUUGGUUUUCAUUAAUCAAUAACACCCCAUUUACUUUAAAUCCCGUAAUCAGUUCUUUCUUUUUGACCGUUUCUUUCGCGAAAUUCCUUUUUUUUUAAAUUUUUCCUUCAAUAACCUUCAUCCCUGACCAUUUUCAGGCCUUCCUACACACGCUUGGAAACAGAAACGAAAGAAUGCAGAAGGCCAUUGAACACGUGUUUGUACCUAUCGUGGAUGGCGCUAUUUCCACUUUUCUGGGCGUGGUGAUGCUGGCAGGUUCCCCCUUUCAGUUUAUAGUCAGGUAAGAAAGUUCUUCAGCGAUAAUCUAACGCGGCCGUAUCAUGAAAAUUAUCGCAGAAUUUGUUUACCAGGUUAAAUUUUUAACCGCGCAGCUAUCACCUUAAGUGUGCCGGCGACACCAAAAAACCAUGGCGUUGCCUCUGUGGCCAUCUUAGGUCUGUUACGUCGGUUUUGUCGUAUGAUUUUUGUCAAGUAUUAUCUCAAACACGAGGAGGAGUGUUUCAUGCGAUGUUUGCAAACACUGAGAAGAAAUAAAUCAAACACGAGGCGGAGUGUUUCAUCUGAUAUUCCAUCACUGAGAAGUAUUACAUCAGACACGAGCAGUAUUUUAUCUUACAUUCAAACACCUACAAGACAUGUAAUAACGCGAGAGUGUUUAAGGUGAACCUAGCUAAUAUCUAAACACCGCAAGAGAUUAUACUUAUUUAUUAUAUAGACACGAGUGUUUUACUGGAAAAUAUACCACUCGUAAAAUUCAUAAAAACCACAUCCGGGACCCGAGUGGUUUAUUUUCCAUAAUCUCACACGAGUUUAUCGACGACGUAAUUUUGGUAGUUUCCCUCUAUUAUUUUAUCGAUGUCAUUUUGUAUAUAUAAUAAAAAAAGAACAUUAAAACUGAAGAUUUUAUUUUCUCGUGGCAAAAAAUUUGUACCGCUGCGCUCGUUCGUAAAAUAUUGCAAAUAUAAUUCAUAUCCCCCACCCCUCUAUAAAACUCGAGAAGGAAUGUUUCGUCAUAUAUCCAACCCCCCCCCCCCACCCCCCGCCGCUCCCCUCAAAAAGUGGGCAGAAAUAAACGAGUCUUUUUAAAAAAUCUAACCUCAAGGUAACUAAACAUAGUUAAAAAGAAACACUUUCCAAGGUGUUCAGAUGAAGCUUCUGAACUGAUGAGUUUUUGGUCAAAACGCAAGCAUAAUUUUGUAAUGAUUACGAUCCGACUUUGUUUUCUUGUCAAACUUCAGUGGUGAUGUCGCAUAAUCUUUCUCCCUUUCAGAUAUUUCUUUAACCUCCUCGUAGCCCUUAUUUUGAUUGGUACAUUUAAUGGCCUCCUUUUUCUACCUGUUCUUCUUUCUAUCGUUGGACCCGGAGCAGUGGUAAGUAACAGACUGAUUUAGCAACAGGACAGGAACGUCAACUGACCGCGCGGAAAGGACGCAUUGUGCCCAAUUUUUGCCAUUGGUUAAGCCAAUCUGCGCGCGCCGUCGUAUGACGUUCCCGUUCUGACCUAAUACACCCAAGGAGACGCAUUGUUUUCAACAAUAUGGGACCUUACCAUAAGGAACGUACACCUCUUUUUCUUACUGCGCAUGCGUUCUGUGCUUCCAUGAAGACAUGUGUCUUCUAACACACGCUUUAUAUCACGUAACUGUUAGCAAAAGUUAAUCUAGACCGAUGAUUUUACUUUAUGGUUCGCAAGGACAACUAACGAAUUUUAAAAAUGUAUAGUCGCUUACCACCUGCUGUGUGGUAUAGUAUCAAAGCGUGUUUUCCCUUACGUUCUACUCGGAUGGUCUAACAAAGCGAAGGGCCCCUAAGAGAGAACAGGGCAUUUCUGGGUAACCCAAAGCCUCGGUGUCAAAGCGAGGCUAAGUACAAAGCCACUGAUAGGAAAAUGAUUUCUUAUUCUCAUGCAAAUGAACCUCAUUUUCACCAGAAAGGAUUAGCACUUAUAGCCUCGUUUUGAAAAUUUUUUUGGUACUCGGAGAUAAUCAAGAUUUUUGCCAAGUGACCUACUGUACAUCGAUGCUAACUUUCGUUUCUUUUUUUUUCAGGCACAGGAAAUAAACACUGCCCGAUGCCAAUGCCUCUAGCGCUUUUCAAAACAAAGCCAUGGAUGCCUCGUCUGCUGAAUCAGCCAUUAAUUCUCUGGAAGGUGAACAAAAUGAAAUGGGGGUAAUCAAGAAGGAUGAGAAUAAGCUCAGGGAUCACAGCCCGACAGUGGGAAGAACGGUUAUGAACGUUAAACACGGCUCUCAAGUAGAGCCAGCUGAAAAUGAUCCAAGGGGCGUAAGCAUAGGAACUAGUGAUGAUCUAAAUGCAAAAUCCAUGAAUAUUAAACGUUAAUUUACACGUAUUGAAACUUGCCUGAUGCAAGACUACAACGACGCACCCGUAAAUAGAGCCUCCUUUCGUCCUCUUGAGUAAAUAGGAGAAAAAAAGGCUCUAAUUGAAUCGACUCGCCGUAACCCGAACGUCUGGACUAGUCAAUCUUGUUUUCUCUCGUCAAACUGGUUUUUUCGUGCACGAGCAUCCAUUUAUUAUUAAACCAAUG